AUGAAGUUCAUAAUUUUAAGCUUCCUAUUUCUGAGCUGCUACGCUCUCCCCAAGCAAGAGAGGAAAUUCCCCGAUGACUUCCUCUUCGGGACCGCCACAGCAUCAUAUCAGAUCGAGGGGGCUUGGGAUGCUGAUGGCAAGGGUGAAAACAUAUGGGAUCGCAUGACCCACACCAAACCAGAUGUGAUCAGAGACAAAAGCAACGGCGACGAAGCCGCCGACUCCUACCACAACUACAUACGGGAUUUGGUUCUGGCGAAUGCAAGAGCCUACCAUCUGUAUGAUCACGAGUUCCGAGCGAGUCAAGGGGGAGAGUGCGGUAUCACCAUCAGUGUCAAUUGGUUCGGUGCUUUGACAGACUCCGAGGAAGACUUGUACGCUGCUGAAAUACGACGACAGGCUGAGUGGGGCUUAUACGCUGAGCCAAUUUUCUCCGAAGAUGGAGGUUUCCCUAAGGAGUUUUCUGAAAUCGUAGCUAGAAAGAGCAAGGAGCAAGGUUAUCCCAGGUCUCGUAUGCCAGAAUUCACUCAGGAUGAGAGGGAACUAGCAAAAGGAUCAGCAGAUUUCUUCGGUGUCAACCAUUAUACUGCAUUUUUGACAUCAGCGAAUAAAUAUAAGCAGAGCUACUCAGGCCCAUCUUUAUAUGCUGAUAUGGAUAGUGGUAGUUACGUUCCACCAGAAUGGCCCAAGGCAGCGUCUAGCUGGUUGACGCAAGCACCAAACAGUAUUUACAACGUCUUGACCCACCUUAAUAACAAAUACAAUAACCCCGCUUUGUACAUUACGGAAAAUGGCUGGUCCACCACCUUGGAGGCUGGGUUGGAAGAUGACGAUAGAAUCAAGUACUACAGAGCGGCGUUGAACAGUGUUCUUGAUGCUUUAGAGGAAGGCGUCAACUUGAAGGGUUACAUGGCGUGGAGUUUGAUUGACAACUUCGAAUGGAUGGAGGGAUACUUGGAACGCUUCGGCUUAUACCAAGUGGACUUUGAGAGCCCCGAAAAGACGCGCACGCCAAGGAAAGCGGCGUUUGUCUACAAGGAGAUCAUAAGAAGCCGAGUUAUAGAUCCUAACUUCGAACCAGCUACCAGGACCAUGUCUAUUGACGAAGGAAAUUAA